GAAGACCCUGUUCGCAGUAGGCUUCCGGGCGCACGCUGUCGCCGCGCUCACACCGGAAUUCCCGGUGCUGCGGCUGUCGGCGUCCGUGCGCACAUCUCUGCCGCAACCAUGGGGAUCUUGGAGAAGAUCUCGGAGAUCGAGAAAGAAAUUGCUCGGACGCAGAAGAACAAGGCCACUGAGUAUCACCUGGGCCUGCUGAAAGCAAAACUUGCCAAGUAUCGAGCCCAGCUCUUGGAACCAUCCAAAUCAGCCUCAACCAAAGGAGAAGGCUUCGAUGUCAUGAAGUCAGGUGAUGCCCGAGUGGCACUGAUUGGAUUUCCCUCUGUGGGUAAGUCCACCUUCCUGAGUCUGAUGACCUCCACGGCCAGUGAAGCUGCAUCCUACGAGUUCACCACUCUGACGUGUAUCCCUGGGGUCAUUGAGUACAAAGGUGCCAACAUCCAGCUCCUGGACCUUCCUGGAAUCAUUGAAGGCGCAGCACAAGGGAAAGGUCGUGGCCGUCAAGUGAUUGCUGUGGCGCGUACGGCUGAUGUUGUCAUCAUGAUGCUGGAUGCCACCAAGGGAGAGGUGCAGAGGGGUCUGCUGGAGAAGGAGCUGGAGUCAGUGGGCAUCCGCCUCAACAAGCACAAGCCCAACAUCUACUUCAAGCCCAAGAAAGGUGGUGGCAUCUCCUUCAACUCAACAGUCACGUUGACCCAGUGUUCGGAGAAGCUUGUGCAGCUCAUUCUGCAUGAGUACAAGAUCUUCAAUGCAGAGGUGCUUUUCCGAGAAGAUUGCUCCCCAGAUGAGUUCAUCGAUGUGAUCGUGGGCAACCGGGUGUACAUGCCCUGCCUGUAUGUGUAUAACAAAAUUGACCAGAUCUCCAUGGAAGAAGUGGACCGUCUGGCCCGGAAACCCAACAGUGUAGUCAUCAGCUGUGGCAUGAAACUGAACCUGGACUACCUGCUGGAGAUGCUUUGGGAGUACUUGGCCCUGACCUGCAUCUAUACCAAGAAGAGAGGACAGAGGCCAGACUUCACAGAUGCCAUCAUUCUUCGGAAAGGAGCCUCUGUGGAGCAUGUGUGCCACCGCAUACACCGGUCGCUCGCCAGCCAGUUCAAGUACGCCCUGGUGUGGGGCACCAGCACCAAGUAUAGCCCACAGCGAGUGGGCCUCACCCACACCAUGGAACACGAGGAUGUCAUCCAGAUUGUGAAGAAGUAGCAGCGCCUGCCAGCCUCGUCGUCUGGGAAGGUGUCCCCCCUGGGACACACACAAGCCCAAACAGGAAAAACACAAAUACAUAUGCCCCAGGAAAGGGUUCCCUUGAAUCUGUGAUGUUUCCAGAAGCUUCUUCAAUAGAUGAUGAAGAGUGUUGGGACAGAGGGGUGAGGUUGAAGGACUUGGGCUUUGUUGGGGACAUUUCCCAUGAGCCUGAUCCCCCUGGUGGGUUUCCAUGUUGGGAACUCGUAGCCUAUAUUCCUACCCCUGAUCCCUGUUGGGCACUGAGGGAGCAAGUUACCUACUUACUCCCCAACCAGGGCCUAAAACUGGUGGCAGGCUCCAUGCUGGUUGGGGAGAUGGGUCCCUGAGGCUGUAGCUACUGUCAGGGUACCUUGUUCCCUCAGCUCCUGCCAGCUUCUCUGGUACUCCAGGAAAGGG